AUGGGUUUUGAGGAAGGAUGGACUGCUGCCCUGAAGGCAACCACUUAUCCCUCAGUGACCCUCCCGUUGGGCUCUUUAGUCCCGUGGCUCUGUUGGAACAUCUGGACAGCACGCAACAACCUACUCUUUAGCGCAAAGGAGUUCACGGCGGCUGAAGUGGUAGAAAAAGCGGUCUUAAACGCUUCCGAAUGGAUAAACACUCAAGCGAUUAAAACCAAGGUUCCUGGACCAAUGGUGUCGCCUUCACUGCCGCUCCCUCUUGACACAAUCCUCUGCCGUACCGAUGCGGCUUGGAAGGGAGAAUCUCAGAGAGCAGGACUUGGAUGGAUUUUCCUCUCCCGCCCUAAUGAAGUCACUCGAUCUUUCUCCCUUUCAGUGGAUCACGUUUCCUCCCCGCUGAUGGCAGAGAGUCUGGCUCUUUGA